AUGUAAGUUUGCGCCACAGAGCAAAGUUUCAUCGAUUUCUUGCAACUGGAAAAUGACGGGAGUUAGUUUGAAGAAAAUUCUUCUCAAUUAAUUAUCUCAAAUCAAGAGAAUCCUUCGUUAACUUAGAUAGCUGAUUUAAAUCUUAGGCCUUCCAGUCAUCAAGCCAAAAAGAUAAAGAGAAGGAAGCGAGUUGACUUCCACUAUAAAAGAAAGAGAAGAAGCAAUAAAAAUUCUGAAUUGAAUAACACUGCUCCGUUUAACUUCAAUGAAGAUCAAAAAAUAUUGUCCCUCGUACUUGAGCACGGGCCGAAGUUCUCAGUUGUUUCGAGGUACUUUAAUGAUAGAAAUCAAAAUGCCAUCAAGAACAGGUAUUAUAAAUACCUUCGAUUCAGGUGGGAUCAAGUACUAGGAAAGUAAGAAGAUGACUAUCUACAUCUUAAUUGUCGUAAAGAAGGGGAGCAAUAUCCUAACCAGGACAUCGAAUAAACUAUAUAGGAGAUGAAUUUCUUCCCUGAAGUUACAGACAUUUUGUCAUCCUUCGUUCAACGAGUCCAUUCUUAUUUUAAUUGA